CAGCUGUUGGAGAGCAGCUGAACCAUCCGCUACUACUGCACCAGGUGAUUGUAUCUCUGCAUCAGCGCAAGACCACAACACUUCAGUAAGACAUUUUAUUUUAUUUUCGACUUUUCCUUUUUGUUUUGUCUCGAGCCAGUGGGGGAAUCUCCGAGGUGAACAAGAGGAGAUCGAUAGCAGGUGUCAAAGUGUGCAGCAGAACGGCAGAAAAAAUGGGAAGAAAGAAAAUACAAAUUUCUCGUAUUCUGGACCAGAGAAAUAGACAGGUGACUUUCACCAAGCGUAAGUUUGGUCUGAUGAAGAAGGCGUACGAGCUGAGUGUGCUGUGUGACUGUGAGAUCGCCCUGAUCAUCUUCAACAGCACCAACCGUCUGUUCCAGUACGCCAGCACAGACAUGGACAAAGUGCUUCUCAAGUACACGGAGUACAGCGAGCCGCACGAGAGUCGCACCAACACGGACAUACUGGAGACUCUGCGCAGGAAAGGCCUCGGUCUGGAAGCCUCAGAGCUGGAGAGUGAGGAGAGCAUGCAGGUGGCUGCAGACAGAUAUCCUCUCAGCGAGGGCAUGGAUCUCUCUGUGGCUCGCCAACGCUUCUAUGCUCCGUCGCUCCUCUCCCCGGAGGCCCAGUUUCUGGUGUCUGCAGGUUGUGAGAACGGCUUUCCUAACUCCUCUGGAUCCGGCAUGGCGUCCCACAGACCCUCUGGCUUUAAAUCUCUGGGCUGCAGACCGGGCGCUGCCAGUCCUGCUGUGCCGCACGCACACACUGCAUUCAUGUCUCCACACUCAGGUAUCGGCUACUCCGUGUUCUCCCAUGGUAACCUGAAUCGAGCUCUGGACAUGAAGAGCCCUCCUCCUGUGAACCUGGGCAGUGACAACCUGCGGGGGGAUGCUGCUAACGUGGGGCUGGGGGCCACGAGAGCUAACCACAACUCUAGGGGCGUCUUGUACCAGGGCCUGCACAGCGGCAGCUCCAUGGUAGCCAUGGGCAAGGCAGGCCUGUUGGGUCACAGUUUGGGAGGGUAUGGCCUCCCUUCUCCGGGGGUCUCUGAGUACAGCCAACCUGGUUUUUAUCACUCCGUCAGUCUGCAGCGAGGAUCAGUGAACCCCUGGCAGUCGCCUCAGGAGCCCCAUAUAAACCCAGGGAUGUCCAGUGGGGGGUGCUCCUUCCCCUCUCAGUCUUGCCCCACCACCUCUCCACAUCAGCCCUCCCUCAACCUCAGCAUCAAGUUGGAGCGUAGCUCUCCGGAGCACAUGUCGUCACCCACCUCCCCUCCUCUGCACCACCUCAGACAGCACUCUCCAAUCAGCAACCCCGAUUCAGUUCGCCAAACCCCUCAAGAAGCCCGACCGGCCAAUGAGACGAAGGAGUUUCCCAAAGCCGGAUACCCACAAGAUGGAGAGGAAGGAGGGCAGCCGCUCAGGCAAUUAGAGAUAAGUGAUGGGUGGCAGAGAUAACUAUCUGCUGUCUAACACCAUCUCCCAUCCAAUCAGCUAUCUUCCAUCACAUCCUGUCACACACACACACACACACACACACAACACACACACACACACACACACACACACACACACACACACACACACACACACACACACACACACACACACACACACACACACACACACACACACACACACACACACACACACACACACAGAUAUAACCCAGAAGGUAGCGAGGUGGGGUCGAUUUAUCCCCUUCAUCCCAGAGAGGACCGCUUCUCUUUGUCUCCUCACUCAGAGCUGGUCUCUCCGGGCCGAUGGAGAAUCUUUUUUUCUGCGUCACUUGAUUGAUGCCACGAGGAGACAGAUGCAUACAGACAUUUUGAUUUUGGUUUGGUUAGUUUUAGUUUUCUGUGUGGAGCUAGUGUGAAUCAAAAAUAUAUUAUUUUUUUUGGUUUUCUGUGACUUUGUUGAAGUUAGCUUCAGCGGGACCAGCUGAGUUUACUCCAAAACUGUGUUUGACUGAAGCUGCAGGUGUGAGAAUUGGAAAUUAGCUGUAAAAUUACACAGCACUGCCUUCAUGUACUGUAAUUAUUUCAGGCAAACGCAUUAGAGAAUUGAUUCAUCACAGUAGCCAGAAUAAACAACUUAGUCUAUGUAAAAUAUAUCUUUACACCUUAUGCCCCUCUUGUAUAAGCUUUAAUGUUUGCGCUUUUAACCCAAAAUCACUGACAUGGUCACCCGACAGAAAAAAAUGUCACCCAUUACUUCAGCCUUGACCUCUUUUUUAAAUACACAUGGACAUUUUAAGGGAUGAUGACAAUAAGUAUGUUUCAAACAAUUCUUACAAUCCCAUUCGCACACUAAAAUUGUUUAUGAAAUUGUCCCUCCAGUAUGGAUGUUAAAAAUUCCCCUUGUAUUGAUAUUCUAAUAUAAGAAACGAGAGCAAAAACUAUCUAUUUUAACUGCAGUCUAAAAUUUGACCAAUUGGCAGCUGCAGAGAUCUGAAGACAGAGAUCACAUGCAGGUAUUGCUUCAAAUAUAAACCUAUCCUUACUCUGGGUGUCUCUCAGGGACUUAAAUGAAAAAAAUGGUCUAUGUUAGUUUUUGCGACUGUAAAUGUGAAUAAGCUAAGUUUUAGUUGUAUUUUCCUCCAAAUAAUUCUAGUUUUAUACUAUAACUUCACCCCAUCAAUGGAAUAAUGGCAAUCUAGUUCAACUAAAGACCAAAGUGUUUAAAUAGUGUCCCUAUGCAUUACAAUCAACAGCAGCCAAAGACAUCAUGUGUUUAUCUAUAUUGGGUCUAAUUUAAUUAAAGUAAGUAAUGAUCGCUGAAGGGCUAUAUUUAGUUACUGCCUAUAGUUAAUAUUAUUGAGCUUUACUGUGAUAUUUACAAAUAUAUAAUGAAUGAGUCAUAGACAUUUUUUUGUAUUAUUGAGGUAUGUUGUUUUCAUUUUAUCUGUAAAAUUACUUUGCACUGUAUUUUUGUGCACUGGAUUUAUGUGUGUUAUAGUUUUGUUCUGCAAAUGAAAAAAUAUACUCAGAACUUUGGUUUGAAUGGAUUUCCAGUUACUGUCCACAAGGGGUCGUCUUAUUUCCACAAUUUAGAUUUGAAUGAGAAAGUGCAAAGCAGAGACUACCAGCCUAAAGUAUAGGCAAUUCAUUAUCUAAUGAAUCUCUUUGACAAGACACAGGUUCAGUGGUUCACCGUAAAGACAUUUAACAAAAACAUCAUGACAAACUGUGCACGAUUUAUUGGUGGAGGUCUCCAAGUUCGAGAGAGCUGCAGUGGAAUUAGUCCUUUAAAAAAUGUAUGUGGAUAAAUAUCAGCAUGAAGAACCAAAUGAUCAGUAUUCUGAUGUUUGCCGAAUGCCUCUAAUAGAACAAAAACAACAAUACAAUGCAGGAAAAAUACAACAAAUAUGUGUAUUUGACAUUUGUAGUGAUUCUUUUUAAAAUAAAAAUGGUUUGAUUUGUACGUUUAA